UUUCCCGCUGAUGUUUGUUAUUCUCUUAAAAUUUGGCGCGAAAGCUUUGUAGCGUGUCCGUAUCACUUGAGUUCAGUGAGUGUGCUCCGGUUCCCACUCGUUCUGAGACAACAGUCUCGAAGGGCCAUAUUUUGACAAUGAAAAGCCACAAGCGUUCGUCGUCUGCUAAACCGAAGCGGAAUUCUUGCGACGAACACGAGUCAGUAGAUUGCAAAAACCCGCAAAGAGACGAUGAGAAUGAAGUAAAGGUGGAAGACCGGAAACGAAAACGAAGCGACGAUGAGCCCGGCCAGCGUACCCUGAAGGAGAUGUUCAGUCAAAUGCCACCCAAGCGUCCUAAAAGUAAUGAGUCUGUCAUCCAGUACGGACGGUGCUCAGUUUGCCGCCAAGCUCUGGACGGCGCCGAGAUACGACUCUUCGAGGGUGACGGUGAGGGUGCUGUGGAUGAAUUCUCGGCUCUCACCGAGCCCAGACUGAAUGUUUUUGGCGACGCUGACUCCGGUGAUGUGAUGGAGCUGCCCCAGCACAAGUUGACAUUGUUUUCUGUGUACGACAAACAUACCCACCUUUGCCCUCUGGACGCUGGACUCAUCGAGAGAAACGUAGAACUUUACGUUAGUGGUUACGUAAAGCCCAUUUAUGCCGAAGACACGUCCUCCGAUGGUGGCAUUGCUACGCGUGCUCUCGGGCCGAUCGGGUCUUGGUGGACGGCUGGCUUUGACGGAGGUGAGAAGGCAGUCGUGGGGAUUACUACCCCGUACGCAGACUACAUCCUUAUGGCUGCCAGCGAUCAGUACAAGCCCUUUAUGGACGCCUUACAGGAGAAAAUCUACAUGAGCAAAAUCGUCAUAGAAACCCUGACACGGAGCACAGAGUGCACGUACGAGGACCUCCUCAACCAGCUGGAGGUAACACCGCCUCCGCAGGGAAUUGGAAAGUUCACUGAGGAUGCCCUCCUGCGUAACGCCCAGUUUGUGGUCGACCAAGUGCAGAGCUACGAUGUGACCGCAGACGAUGACGAAGCCGUGCUCAUAGCUACGCCUUGCAUGCGCAGCCUUAUCAACUUGGCUGGUGUCACUCUGGGUCAGCGCAGAGCUCUGAGACGUGGUCGCCGCGAGGCAGGACACAAGAAAGCUAGCACAGGGACCCUGGCAACUACGACUCCCCUUGUGCGUGACGUUUUUGAGACCCUCUUCAAGGACCAGAUGGACAAGUUGGUGGCGGUACCCGCAGGUCGGAGGAAGCGUUGUGGAGUAUGCGAAGCCUGUCAAACACCCGAUUGUGGCAAGUGUAAGGCGUGCAGCGAUAUGGUCAAGUACGGAGGGACCGGGAAACUGAAGCAGUGUUGUGAGCAGCGCCGUUGCCUCAGCAAGGUGGUUCAAGACGCGGAAGAGGAUGACGGAGACAACGAGCAGCUGGAUGAUGCCAUGGACCAGAAGGCUGCGAAAUCUGAUCCGCCAACGCCCACCAAAAAGAUCACUAAACGGUGCGGCGGCAGUGAAGUUUGCUGGACGGGCAAGCCCCUGGCUACACGUGGGAAGAAAGCGUACUACAAGCAGGCUUUUAUCAACGGAAGAGAACUGAAUUGGGGAGACUUUGUCCUAGUGACCCCCAAAGACCCCUCCGUAUCGCAGUACGUGGCGCGCGUCGUCUACCUCUUUGAAUCCGCCAGCGGAGAAAUGAUGUUCCACGCUCACUGGUUUCACAGGGGCGCCGACACUGUGCUCGGCGAAAUGAGCGACCCACGGGAGGUGUUCUUCGUCUACGAAUGCGACAAUCAGAGCCUCAGCACCGUCUCCCAACUCUGUUCCGUGGUCCACAAGAAGGUUCCGGAGGACUGGUACGACCGCGGAGGAAUGUAUGGCCUCGAGCAGGGAUGCUCUGGGGAUGAAGGCUCUUCGUUCUUCUAUCAGAAGGCGUACCACAGUGAGAAUGCCCGUUUCGUGGAUCCACCAGAGUUGAGCGCCACAAAUGACGGGGACGUAGAGCACCUGUGCGUCAGCUGUCAGUGGGCAGAGGCAGAGAAACAGAGGGAACAUGUGACUGUGGGAGAUUUUAUUGAGGCACAAGAUGGGAAGAAGCUGUACAGUCGAGCAACAUUCAACGGCAAAUCCUACUGCAUCGGGGAGUGCGUCUACCUGGAUCCAGACGCCUAUCAGUUUUCCUUCCAAGCUGUACCUUCUGCAAAGGUCGUUCCCGACAAAGAAGAGUUGGAUGAAGACGUUUACCCCGAGAAGUACCGCAAGCGUUCCGAAUACAUAAAGGGUUCAAACGACGGCAUCCCGGAACCAUUCAAGAUCGGCAGAAUAACCAGCAUCAUCGUUAAGGGUGACAGUGAUAAACUGCUGUCGCCAGAACGCGUCAGGCUUCAGUUGACAAAAUUCUACCGGCCCCAAGACACGCACGCGACCCGGUCGGAAGCGGACUUGAACUUGCUGUACUACUCGUCCGAAGAAGCUGUAGUGGAAAUGAGCAACGUUCUCGACAAGUGCUACGUCGUAUACGGGGAAAACCUUGCCGAAGACGUGGAAGAUUUCUUGCGGAAAGGCCCGCACCGCUUCUACUUCAACGAGGCGUACGACGCGAAGGAGAGGAUGUUUGUGGAGCCACCUUCGAAAGCGAGAAUGAUGGGAUGCCAAGGGAAGGGCAAGGGAAAAGGCAAGAGCAGCCACAAGUGGGCAACCGUGGAGCCACCGGAAGGGUACCCGGUCCCCGAGCACAAGUUGCGGGCACUCGACGUGUUUGCGGGCUGCGGUGGCUUAUCGGAGGGCCUUCAUCAGGCAGGAGUCUGUGAAACCCUUUGGGCCAUAGAGCGAGAAGAACCUGCCGCAAAUGCCUUCCGCCGAAAUUUUCCCGAUGCCACUGUGCUGACGGACGAUUGCAACAGGCUUCUACGCCUUGUUAUGGAGGGUGAACUGACAAAUGAGAAGGGGCAGUCACUGCCCCAGAAGGGAGACGUGGAGCUGUUGUGUGGGGGACCUCCGUGCCAAGGCUUCAGCGGCAUGAACCGCUUCAACUCGCGCCAGUAUUCUCUCUUCAAGAACUCCCUCAUUGCGUCCUACCUCAGCUACUGCGAAUAUUAUCGUCCAAGAUACUUCCUGCUGGAAAACGUACGCAACUUCGUGGCCUUCAAGAGGAGCAUGGUGCUCAAGCUUACGCUUCGCUGCUUGCUCAGCAUGGGGUACCAGUGCACCUUCGGAGUCCUCCAAGCGGGCAACUAUGGUGUGCCUCAGACACGUCGUAGAGCUAUCCUCCUGGCUGCUGCCCCCGGGCAGCCUCUCCCGUUCUUCCCGGAGCCGCAGCACGUAUUCGCACCUCGUGCAUGCCAGCUGUCCGUCGUGGUCGACGACACCAAGUAUACGUCUAAUUGCAAGUGGGUGAACUCGGCUCCCAUGCGAAAUAUAACCGUGCACGACGCCAUGUCCGACCUGCCUCAAAUUGGAAACGGUGCCAGAGUCGAAGAGAUGCCCUACAGCGAAGGGCCGACAACUCACUUUCAGCGCCAGCUACGGUAUGGAGCCUCUGUCCUGUAUGAUCACGUGUGCAAGGACAUGGCACCUCUCGUCGAGGCACGCAUGCGACACAUCCCGUUGGUACCUGGCUCAGACUGGAGGGACCUGCCUAACACGGUAUUCCGUUUAUCCGAUGGAACUUUCACGCGGAAAUUGAGCUACACGCACGACGACACCAGGAAUGGCCGCUCUCCUAACGGAGCGCUGCGAGGCGUCUGCCCAUGUGCCGAGGGCGAGCCCUGCGAUCAGAUCUAUCGCCAGGAUAACACUUUAAUCCCGUGGUGUCUGCCCCAUACGGGCAAUCGCCACAACCACUGGGCUGGGCUGUACGGACGACUAGAGUGGAACGGCUUCUUCAGCACAACGGUGACAAACCCCGAGCCCAUGGGCAAGCAGGGCCGGGUGCUGCAUCCGGAGCAGCACAGGGUGGUCAGCGUCCGCGAAUGUGCCCGCUCCCAGGGCUUUCCAGACACGUUCAGGUUCUUCGGAACCAUACUCGACCGCCACCGUCAGGUUGGCAAUGCUGUGCCGCCCCCCAUGGCGUGCGCCAUUGGACGUGAAAUCCUCAAGUGCUUGCAACACUCUUAGCAACUCUGUGGGGCACCUUAGGAUGCGUAUUUUGGUUUUAGACUGUGGCAAAUUUUGAGAACAAUGCAAUGCAUCUGAAUUGACACCCCCACCUUUUUUUUACACUCUAGCAGAACGCAUUGCCGAACAAAUAGAGCAGCAUCGUCGGCUCUUUUUUAAGUACACAGGACCAGGAACAUAAGUGAAGCAUCGUUUUUUACUGCACAUUCUGUAUCGUAAGACACAAUGUAUUUCCUUGUGCAAACAGUACGUAUUUUUAUGCGCAACAUCCAUGUACUGACAAAACUUUCGUUGCUUGCAACAUGGUCUGUAACAAGAAUCAUGCGCUGACAUGAGAAACUUUUGUCUAGGAAUGGUAAAAUAAAUAUAUUUUAUUACUAUGUU